AGAGAGAGAGAGAGAGAGAGAGAUGGGUCGUCGAGGGCGAGCGCCCUGCUGCGAUAAGGUGGGGCUGAACAAGGGUUCAUGGUCGCUGGAAGAAGACAUGAGACUGAUAGCCUACAUUGAGAAGCACGGCCACGGGAACUGGCGUGCUCUUCCCAAGCUUGCAGGUUUGCUGCGAUGCGGUAAGAGCUGCCGGUUGAGGUGGAUCAACUAUCUUCGGCCGGACAUCAAGCGUGGGAACUUCACCAAGGAGGAAGAGGAUGCCAUAAUCGAGCUUCACAGGCUGCUAGGCAACAAGUGGUCGAAAAUUGCGUCCUGCCUACCGGGAAGAACCGACAACGAGAUCAAGAACAUGUGGAACACGCACUUGAAGAAGCGAUUGGCGUCCCGAGAGCGGAAAUCGCUGGCGACGCAGAAACCAGAAGACUCGCAGAGCUCGUCUUCUUCGAGCGCCUCCCGCUCUUGCUCCGAUCACGGAGAGAGCAAGAGCGAUGAGGAGGGAAACGAGGACCCAAGUUUGUACUUCACCGAUCUGUCCGUCGAAAUGAUCGAGGCUCCCAUCGGGCCCGACAUGGACAUGUGGGGCGUGGCGGAGUACGACACUCACCAAGAAGAGGCGGCCGUGAUCGUACCGGAAUUCCUGAGCAUGAUGGAAGGUGGGGACUACAGCUCGCUCAUUGUUAGCACAGGGGAGGAGGCCAUGGAAGAGGAAGAGGAAGCCAAGGGAGAAGGCAAGAGCUCAGAGUGGGUGGAGUACUUGGAGAAGGAGCUCGGGUUGUGCGGAGCCAGCGAGGAGAACGACAGUAUCAAUCAAGAGAGCCUCAUGAGGGAUGCAGCCGAGCAGCAAAUGGAGAUGGAGGAGGAAGAUCCAGUGUCCAGUUAUUUCCACAAGGAUCUGGUCUCCACCUGUCCCUUUGGAUCCUGUUGACUGGAGAAUGCCUCGAUACA